UUAAAUGAUACUAGCAAUGAUGUUUCGGGCAACGUUGGUACUUUUUACUUUGGUCAAUUUAUCUUUCAGUCAAACUCCACUGAAGAGGUACAAUACCGAUCCGAAUCAAGUUAGUUAUUCCGGUAUUUCUGCGGGUGCUGCUAUGGCCACCCAAAUGCAUGUUGCCUAUUCGUCCGAGACUGUUGGUGUUGGUUUAAUGGCGACUCCCGGUCCUUACUAUUGCGCUGAAGGCAACUUAUUCACCGCUUUAAACACUUGCAUGGGAUUCCCCAAUGGAAUCUAUGUCGAGGAUUGUAUAACUGAAACUGAAAAUUUCGCAAGAGAGGGUAGAAUUGACCCCACCUCUAAUUUGAGAAAUGAUAAAGUUUUCAUCCUUCACGGAAAGGAAGAUCCUACCGUGGGAAUUGAUGCUGCUGCUAAAGUACGUCAGUAUUAUGAACAUUACGGAGCUACAAUUGCCGAAGAACUUAGUCUUUCUCUUGGACACGGUGUUCCAACCACAAAUUAUGGUAUAUCUUGCCCAGAUACUUCAUCACCCUACCUUAAUAAGUGUAAUUAUGACGGUGCUUUCUCUCUUUUGAAGCAUAUUUAUCCCGAUAUUAUUAAACCAUCAACUAACCAUCAACUCACUGGAAAACUACUUCGUUAUGAUCAAGAAGAAUUUCAAAAAGAUCCAAACGAUCAUAGCUUUGAUGACGAUGGUUUCGUGUAUGUACCAGCUGCUUGUGAAUUAGAAAUGAACGAUCUGUUUGCUCAAAAUGAAUGUGAAAUUCCUGUUGGUGAUCGUAAAAAAUGCGGUUUCGAUAGUAUUACCGAAGAGCAAUGUAUUGUCAAUAGAGGUUGCUGCUGGCGUCCUGAUGGUCCAUUUAAUUGUUUUGAAAAAGCAACUGCUGAUAAAUGUGCUGUAAGCGCUAAUGAUAGAGAGGAAUGUGGAUUUUCUGGAAUCAAUCAGACUAUCUGCGAGAACGAUAGGAAUUGCUGUUGGAAAGAGGAGCAGCCUUAUUAUUGUUUUAGACCUAAGAGCGGAGGUCCUACUCCUGGAGGAAAAUGUAAAGUUCAUAUGGUCUUUCACGGCUGUCUUCAAGGAAAUGAAAUGGUUGGCGAAGAAUUUGUUCGAAAUGCCGGAUAUAACGAAAUUGCAGAUGUUAACAACAUUGUUGUUCUCUAUCCAGAAGUUGUAUCAAAUGUCAUGCUUGGAAACAUGAACGGUUGCUAUGACUGGUGGGGCUACGAGGAUGAGAAUUACGCGGUGAAAGACGGUGAGCAAAUGUUGGCUGUAUAUAAAAUGAUUCAAAGAGUUUUGGGUCAAGAUUAA